AUGGAUGCCCACGUCACGCACUUUGCUCUCGACUGGAUGACACUUCGCGGCCUUGUUCUGCUCAAGACAGACGAACAACUGGCAAAGUGCCAUUUCACUCGAGUCUUGGCGGUGGCGGCGGCCGUCGGUGACUCGACUGCUACCGCUAGGUCCUUUAGCGUACCUGUCGCAUCGUUUCACCUGGCAAGGGAACUCGUGCCGGACGACCCGACGGCCGCCGUGGACCUCCUCGAUCAAGCAUGGGCAUGGUACAAACGUUCGAAAACGUCGUCCCGCUCGAAAGAUGCGGUGGGAUAUGCCACGCGGAUCAAAGUGCUGCGGGCGCUCUUGAAGCCCGAUUCGUCCCACGUCUCGUCCGUCGAUGCCCCGUCUAUCGUGACGACAGCUCCUUGA